AUGAGAAUCGGAGGACAAUUCCAAAGUUCUAACGUUCUUCCUCUAUUCUGCCAGAAGGUGGAGUGCUGUGGCUACCCACUCAGCAUAUUCUUCAUAUUGGUCACCGAGUUCUGUGAGAGAUUCUCCUACUAUGGAAUACGAGGGAUUCUGCCGUUGUACAUAACGAAAUUCUUGUUAUGGGACACUCAUAAUGAAUUUUAUAUGUACUAUGCCUUUCUGGCCUGCUUGUACCUGGCACCGAUCCUGGGGGGCAUUAUUGCCGACUCUUGGCUCGGGACGUUCAAGACUAUCAUAUACCUGUCAAUUGUCUCUGCUGCUGGCCAGGUCGUAUUGACUGUUAGCGCCAUUGAUGACAUCACUGUACCAGACAAUCUUACUGUUCACCGGGUUCUUGCCGUGAUUGGCCUGGUCCUAAUUGUUUUGGGGACAGGUACAAUCAGACCAUGCCUACCUGCUUUCGGAGGGGACCAGUUUGAGCACCACCAGACCAGGCAAAGGAGUAUAUUCUUUUCAGUGUUCUUCCUCUGCAAAGAAGCUGGAUUACUUGUCUCUAUUUUCAUCUCUCCGAUUUUAAGACGUCAGAAGUGUGGCAUCCAAGUGUGCUACCCGCUUGUCUCUGGCGUGGCAGCAGCUCUGAUGGUGGUUGCAUUAGUUGUUUUUGUUGUUGGAAGUCGAAUGUAUGUGAAAACUGCUCCAACGGGAAACAUCAUUCUGCAGGUGUCAAAAUGCAUUGGUUUUGCAAUCAAGAACCGCUACAGGCACAGAAGCAGUCAGUAUCCCCCAAGAGAGCACUGGAUGGACUGGGCUUCUGACAAAUAUGACAAACUCCUGAUACAGCAGAUCAAGAUGGUCCUCAAGGCCUUGUUCUUGUUUUUACCCCUGCCUAUGUUCUGGAUGGUGCUUGACCAGGAAGGUGCACACUGGAGUAUGCAAGCCAUGGGCAUGGAUGGAGACUUUGGUUUUAUUAUUGUACAGUACGAUCAAAUGCAGACUUUGCUACCCAUCUUGAAUAUCAUUUUAGUUCCGGUCGCUGGCUUACUUAUAUACCUCAUUGAAAAAUGUGGCUUCAAAGUUCUGCCCUUGAAGAGAAUGGCAGUUGGGAUGUUUCUGACAGCUAUGGCCUUUAUUUCUGCUGGCUUUGUUCAGCUUGAGGUUGAUGCAAAUGGGGAGUAUUUAACACUUGACUAUGGAAGCUAUGAAGAUGUCUAUUUGGACAAUGAGCUUGUGCAUGUCAGGGUCUUCUCAGGCACCAGGCAGACUCUAGUUAUCAAUCCCGCUCCUCAUGUUGGUAUGAUCCGAUAUGAUGAUGUAAAUGGAAAACCUCAUGGAGACAACUAUGUAAGAUUCAUCAGUGGCUUAAGCACAGGAGUAAGAGUGUCAUUGAAUGGAGUAUAUUUUGGACAAUUAUCCACACUAGUGAUGUCCGGUUACAGCAGUGUAUCACAUGAGAGGCAAACAUUCACAAUCAGCAAUGUUGCUGGACAGCAAUGUGACUACACCAGGGAGUUUGGCUUUGGAGGGGUCUACACUAUCGUCAUCCCCAGUACUCUUUCCUGGGAGAAUUGCGGGGGCAUUCAGGAGGUGGAGGAGAUGCAGCCCAACAGUGUCCACAUGGCUCUCCAGAUCCCACAGUACUUCUUCAUCUCUGCAGGGGAGGUUCUAUUCGCUGUGGCUGGUCUGGAGUUCUCUUAUUCUCAAGCACCAAGCAACAUGAAGACUGUUCUUCAGGCUGUUUGGCUGUUUACUUUAUCUAUGGGCUUCUUCAUAUCUCUUCUUGUGAACGAAGUGUCAGAGAUCCUACAAACUUCAGAAAACUUUGAAAUGAAAGAGUGGGCAGAGUACAUACUCUUUGCAUCACUCUUGCUGGUCGUUUGUGUAAUAUUCUCCAUCAUGGCCUAUUUUUACACCUACAUUGAUCCUGUUGCCAUCGAGGCCGAAUUCAAGCGGAAGGAGGGACUUGAUUCUGAUGAAACGGAUGAAAAUGAUGAGCUGGAAAUGAAAGAGAAAGAGUCUCAGCAUCAUGAUAACGAGGAAGGGCUAAAACAGAGCAAAAUGUGAACUCAAAUGUGAAUCAUCAGAUGGAUUGUCUAGAAAACUGUGGGGUUGCAGUGCUGCAGCGUGCCAACAUGCCGUACCAUACAGUAUUGGCAACAUUGCUCUAUGUUCCCACAGCCCGUUGGUCCCACUGCCCAAUGGUCCCACAGCUUAUUCUUCAUGCUCCAAGUUCCCACAUUUUUAAGAAAUUAUUCAAAUAGGCAAGUAAUAAGUAAACUAAAAGAACAUGCCUUUCUCCCCGCCAUGGGACAUACGGCCUAAAUUUGAAUAAAUUCUAAGAAAUGUGGGAACAUGGGCCAGCAGGUAAAAGCUGUGGUACCAAUGGGCCUAAAUAUUAAUGUUUAAAGUCUUAGUAAUGUGGGACCAAUGGGCUGUGGGAACAUAGACACGCUUCCCCAACAUUGCAUUAAGGGGCCUCAGGUUUGAGUCCUGUGUCUGGGUAAUUUCUGCUUGGGUCAUUAUAUCCCCGAAACGCGGCACAUUUGGGAUAUUAUGGCUUUGCUCCAACUGCCACAGAUAUUUCAAAUGUGUGUUUGGCCCAUAACUUUUGAACGGGUGGAUGGAUAUAUAUUAGGCAGACAAACAAAACAAUCACACCAACAAAAAGUUCCCGUUUUGAAAGUUUGCCAUCUGGAAAGUUGGCCAUCUUGAAAGCGCUGGCCUGCUGUGCCUGUCCUAGAGCAUUAGCACACAAAAUUUUGUGCAAAUCUGUCCACCCGUUCAGGAGCUUGUGGGUUUUAUAAAUAUCAGACAGGCACUUUCGAUCAGAUUUACAGAA